AUGUCUAUUACUACCACCACCGAAUCUCGUAUCCCUCGGUACCAGCUGCGCGACACACGUGCACGCAAAGGGACCACCGAGAAGACCAUCAAAAUGACAAGUAAAGGGGCUGCACCUCUAUGCGUCAACAUCUUGUCUCCAGGAGAAUCACAGCCUCGAGCUGUAUCUCCUGCGUAUUCCGCCGGACAGCACGCGCGCUCAUACAGUGACGUGCUUAUGGCGCGUAAUCCCCCGAUGCCAGGUGCGCUCAGGGAGACCCCCACUUGUCCCUUAAACAAGACAGUGGAGACCACAAAGGAGAAUCCGGGCGGAAUGACUCCUGUAGAUGCCACCACUUCUGUUAGUAGAGAUAAUGAUGAAACAGAGAAGAACACUUACUCUGAGACUCCAGAAAGGAGUUGGUCCGUAAAGGGACCUGAGGACGAUGGUGACGACCAGAGCGGAAUCUGGACCACUGUCGAUCAUAAGCGCACUGCAGGCGCUAAGGGUGCGACCCAAAAGAAGGGUGAGCAUCAGAAUCUCACACAGGAACAAGAAGACCUGGUGAGAAAGGCUGAAGAUAAGUUAACUCAGGCUGAGAAAAAGAGAAUUAGGACUAGAUGGAACAUACCUAGUCGCCCUGCCUCUGAUGGCAGCGAAUCUGAGGAAUCCCCAGGCGAGGGACCCUCCAAGAGAAAGGGUAAAGUACCUGACCCACGCAACUGGGGAGGGGCUGAACUUGAGGAUGAGGACCUAGACAUGGAAGCCCAGCGGGCUGCCCUGGACUCGUAUCGUGCGGCCAAAUACAAGGAUACCCGCCAUCUGAAUAGGCGGGAGAUCCCAGAUGAAGCCAUGGUCUCCAGAGUGGAGGCUGAGGCUGCAGUCAGGGCUGCAGAAGAACAAGUACAGAAAUGA